AUUAAAAUGGGUCAAUUUUUUACAUAUUUCCGAAUAGAUGAAAACUUUAUUCGUAGCCAAGAAUUCAAAUUAAGAUUUUCUGAAAGUGUUGGAAGAGAUUGGAGAACUCUUGGACGUUGGUUAAAUAUUGAUGAAAGCUCUUUAGAAAGUAUUAAUGAAGAUAAUAAUAACACUAAUGAAAAAGCUUAUUUAAUGUUAACUAAAUGGAUUCAAAUGAAUGACAACCCAACAUUUAUCAAGUUAAUAACAGCUCUAAGGAAUAUGAGAAGAAUGGACCUUAUAGAAAGAGUUAAUGAGUUGACAAAACCUUCAAUUUUAAGAAACAUAGCUUUGUUAGCAGUUUUUGGUGCUUCUAUAGCUUUGCUUAUCAAUUUUGCAACUACAUUAAACAACCCAAAGCCAGAUUUAUCAAAGUUGUCUGUUGAACUAAAACAAUUUUAUCUUAAAAACUAUGGGAAAAUUAGUGAACUUCAACCACUAUUAAAAGCACCAGCAAAUGUUGAUUUAAUACAUACAUUUGUUGAUUUAUGUAUUGUUGAUGCAGUGAAUGCUCAAAUGGAUGCUGUUGCUAGUGUUGAACAAAAGAAUUUUUUUGAAAAGCAAAUGAGUUAUACACCAAAAUCAUAUAGUGAAAUAUUUAUGGAAGAAAAGUCUGUAAUUUUAAUAUCUGGAAUAGCUGGUAUUGGGAAAACAUGGUUGCUUAGAAAAUGUUUGCUUGAUUGGUCAAAUAAUACAAUUUGGAAAAAUGUUAAAUUUGUUUUUUAUUUGGAAUUCAGAAGGCUUAAUCAAUAUCCACAUAUUUCUAGUAUUAAUGAAUUAUUAAGUGUUUUUUACAAAGAUAUGAUAAAUAACUUCAAUAUUGAUUAUCAAACUGCAAUGUUUAUAAUUGAUGGAUUAGAUGAGUUUAAAUAUUUCAAUGAUUUAAUAAAUUCAAGUUUGAGUUCUAACUAUUCAAUUGUUUUAGCUGAAGUUCGAAAGUACAAACAUGUGGUUGCUGGUAGAGUUUAUGCAAUUGAUCAAUAUCAGCAUAUAUGAUAUGCUGAGCAUAGUGAUAAGUUAACCAUUCAAAUAAUGGGGUUUAAUGAAAAUGGCAUUAAAAAUUAUGUAGAAAAUAAUGUUAUGGAGGAAAAAAAGGAACUUGUAAAAGCAAUCUUAAAGGCAUCUCCGAUUGCAAAAGCCAUGGCAUCUGUUCCAUUUUAUUUAUCUUCCAUGUGUAAGAUUAUUAGUGAUCCAAACAAGAUAAAUGCAAAUUCAUUCUUAACAAUGACAGAUUUGUAUGCAAAUAUUUUUUUAUACUUUUUACGAAAACAUAUCUUCAAAAACAAUGUAAUGAUUUACCAGAUCAUGGAAAACGAUUCUAAUAAAUUACUUAUUUUAAAUAUUUGUAAAAUUGCAUAUAAAUUGUUUGUUGAGAACAAAGUAAUUUUUUACAAAGAAGAAAUUCAAACAUUAAUUAGUGACUUUGAUAAUAAUGAAAAAGUUUUUUUUGGAUUUAUAGAAAAGAUUGAAACAGAUCUGGGCUUUUAUUAUCAGUUCACUCAUUUGACUAUAAUGGAGUUUUGUGCCUCUGUAUAUGCAUAUAAUUGUUUAAGUAGAGAUGAAAUUAUGGCCAACAAGAUGCUACGGAGUUGUUUAUCAAUGAUUUUGGGAUUAGCCAAUAAAAACGAAAAUAGUUUAUCAAAGUAUCUUGUUAACCUGAAUCCUUCAAAAAAAUCCAAUGAACAAUCUUUAGAUUUAUUUUCAAGUUUUAAUGAAUUAUAUUGUUAAUUUGUACUGUGACAGUGAGUUCUGGAUUUGAAAAACUGUGACAUAAUAAUGUCAGAGAAGUUAAAAAAAAUGGUCUAUAGAUAGUUCUAGAUUUUGUGUCAAACAUUAACGGAAGAUGGCCUUCUAAAAACGGCAAUGCAGAAGGAUUAUGUAAAUGCGGCAUGCAUGUUGCAGAUAAGUAUUUUAUAUCCCUGUUGGAAUUAAAAAAUUAAGGAGUGUUUUAGUAAAAACAUUUUUUUUAAUCAAAAUAAUUUAAAAAAAUUAAAUUUUCAUUUUAUUUUGUACUUUUCAGUUGGAGUUGAUUCAAAAUCGCUUAUUGAAAAAUGAAAUACUUUGUAUUAAAAAAAAGCUACCCAUAAAAAUGGACUCCUUAAACUUAUUAAUCGUGUGGGUCAAAGCAAAUAGCAGAGCAUUCCACCUUUGAAUGUGGUUAUUUUGAAACCAACUCAAUAAAAUAUUUGUAUUGUAAUCAAUACACUAAAGUUUGCAGAAUAUGUAUUGAGUAUUUAAUUUAAGUAAAGUUGAGAUGACUAUGAUCUGUAUU